AUUUGACUCUAUGGUGAUAAAAAAAAUAGCAUAACCUAAGUUAAUCGAGCUCGAUUUAUGAAGUUUUAUGAUAAUAAAAUCAGACACUUGAUAUUUUACCAUUAAAAUAGCACUAAGAUAAAAUAAAUAUGAAUCAAGCGGAAGUGUCUAAAUUAGUUUCGAAGCUGCGUAUACCGGUUCCACCGAGACAUCGGAACCUAAGAUGUCCUAAGGGUCCUGAAGGAAGGAUAGAUAAAUUACGUAAAACCGUCACAGGUUUAAUCAAAUUUGAGAGAAUUGAGUUAAACUAUAACAGAGCGGAUGAAGCACGCCAAUAUGCUGAAAGACUUAUAUCUGAGGCCAUACGCAAUGGAGACUGCCACAAACCUACAAUGGACACAGCAGAUUUUUGGCUACUGGAAAAAGAACUUAUUCACAAGCUGUUCAAAGUACUAGUGCCAAGAUAUGAGAACACAAACUUAUCAUUUACAAGACUGUAUCAGGCACCAAAGCCUCAAGUUGCCAGACGACUUGAAAAGGUUGUUUUAGAACUCAGAGGAAACCCUUACCCAGACCUUUUGAACAGGAGCACAAAUAAUAAGCUUUUGAUACAAAAUGUAUUACUUGAAGCAGCAAAGAAUGAUUAUAGGCAGUCAAAAGUCAGUGAGAUAGCUAAAAACAUUGGUAAAGGCCAAAAUACUCCAAAAGUAAAAAGUAGUACAGCUGAACCAGAAAUUGAGAGCCCUAAAAACAGCUAAAAUGUAAUAAUGAAUUUUGUUGUAAGCCUUGUAAUGUAGAAAUGUUAAAUAUAAACUUUAAACAGCUAA